AAAGAAGAUGGGGGAAGGGGCAGAGAGAGAAACAGAGAGGGAGAAGUUGUCAUAUUUAUAUGGAGAAGGACCCCGUGACUCGCCCCCCCGCUCCACCAUGGACUCUCCAGCCUAUAAAACUGUCAUGGCCUUGGGGCGGUUCAAGGUGAGGAGGCUCCAGACCAGGCCGGCCAAGAAACCCAGCAGGGGAGAGGACAGCGGCCCCCAGCCCCCGGCCCCGGGGGGCUCAGGCCAGGCAGAAGAAGGGGGCUCCUUGUCGGCGCCCCCGGACUACGAGACCACCAUUGAUGCCAGCCCCUGCUAUGAGUUUUACGCGCACUCGGUGCUGCCUGGACGAGCCCGCAAGAGCCGCCCCUCCCUGGAAGUGCUGUGCAAUGCGGAAAAUGGAGAGGUUUUCCCUGAAGUACCGGACCCUGGGGUCCCCGACUCAAAGGUGACGGACGACGAUCCAGAGGCAGCAGCCUCCGUGGCAGAGCCUGUCCGGUUUGGCUGGGUCACUGGCGUGAUGAUCCGGUGCAUGCUGAACAUCUGGGGUGUGAUCCUCUACCUCCGGCUGCCCUGGAUCACGGCUCAGGCUGGAAUCGGGCUGACUUGGCUGAUCAUCCUCAUGUCGGCGUUGGUCACUACUGUCACCGGCCUCUCGAUCUCGGCCAUCUCCACCAAUGGCAAGGUCAAGGCAGGGGGCACCUAUUUCCUGAUCUCACGCAGCCUGGGUCCUGAGCUGGGAGGCUCUAUCGGGCUUCUCUUUUCCUUCGCCAAUGCCGUGGCUGUGGCCAUGCAUGUUGUGGGGUUUGCCGAGACCGUCCGUGACUUGCUGCUGGAGUUUGACGUGGUGAUGACAGAUCCUUUAAACGAUAUCCGGAUUGUGGGAGUCAUCACGGUGACUGUGCUGAUGGGCAUUGCGCUGGCUGGCAUGGAGUGGGAAGCCAAGGCCCAAGUCGUCUUCUUUUUUGUCAUCAUGGUCUCCUUUAUCAACUACUUUGUGGGAACCCUGCUGCCUGCUGCUGAGGAGAAGAUGUCCAAAGGCUACUUCAGCUACAAAGGGGAUAUCUUCGUGGAAAAUCUUGGGCCAGACUGGCGGGGAGAGUCAAGCAGCUUCUUCGGCAUGUUCUCCAUCUUCUUCCCUUCUGCCACUGGCAUCUUGGCUGGGGCCAACAUCUCUGGAGACCUCAAGGACCCCGCUGUGGCUAUCCCCAAAGGAACCCUGCUAGCCAUCUUCUGGACAACACUCUCCUACCUGGCUGUCUCCGCGACCAUAGGUUCCUGUGUCCUGCGUGAUGCAUCUGGAAGCACGAAUGACACCCUGGGCUCCCUCAAUGCCACAGGUGACUGCCUGGGCCUGGGCUGCCACUACGGCUGGAACUUCAGCUCAUGCACCCAGACCGGGACCUGUGAACAUGGUCUGGCCAACAACUACCAGACCAUGAGUAUGGUGUCCGGCUUCAGUCCCCUCAUCACAGCUGGGAUCUUUGCUGCCACCCUCUCCUCAGCCCUAGCCUGCCUCGUCUCUGCCCCCAAGGUUUUCCAGUGCCUCUGUCAGGACAGGCUCUACCCUUUCAUCGGCUUCUUUGCCAAAGGCUAUGGCAAAAACAACGAGCCGUUCCGGGGCUAUGCAUUGACUUUUGUUCUGGCCAUUGCUUUCAUCCUAAUUGCUGAGCUGAACACCAUUGCCCCCAUCAUCUCCAACUUCUUCCUCUGCUCUUAUGCUCUCAUCAACUUCAGUUGCUUCCAUGCCACCAUUACCAACUCACCAGGCUGGCGACCCACUUUCCGCUACUUCAGCAAAUGGAGCGCCCUCUUCGGUGCUGUGAUUUCCGUGGUCAUCAUGUUCCUGCUGACUUGGUGGGCAGCCCUCAUUGUGGUAGGAAUCAUCCUGGUCAGCGUGGCCUAUGUCAGCUACAAGAAGCCAGCUGUCAACUGGGGCUCCUCUGUGCAGGCUGGGACAUACAACAUGGCACUUUCCUACUCGGUCAACCUAACGGAAGUAGAAGACCAUGUCAAAAACUUCCGACCCCAGUGCCUCGUGCUGACAGGCCCCCCCAGCUUCCGCCCAGCGCUGGUGGAUUUUGUUAGUGCUUUCACCAAGGGCGUCAGCCUCAUGAUUUGUGGCAAUGUGGCCGGACCACAGGACAUCCCUGGGGUCAAUGACUCGGAUGAGCACAUCAAGUGGCUGAACGCACGCAAGGUGCGCUCCUUCUACGCCGUCAUCACGGCAGAGGACCUGCGCAGCGGUGCCCGGAGCCUCAUGCAGGUCUCGGGUCUAGGACGUCUCAAGCCAAACACAGUCGUGCUGGGCUACAAACAGAACUGGCAGACGGACUCGCCCCAAAACUUACAGCGCUACGUGGCCAUCAUCCAUGAUGCAUUCGACUGCCGGGCCGGAGUCUGCGUGCUCAGGAUGAAGGAGGGGAUCGAUGUGUCUCGGACAGUGCGGGCCUAUGGUGAGUGCGUCGCUGGAAGAGCGGGGGAGGAUGCUGCUCAAGAGAUGGUGAACACGGCCCGGUGCUUAGGGGCACUGGGGAGAGAUCUGGGCUCAACCCCCUCCUCUGCCACAGACUUCCCUUGUGGCCCUGGUCAUGACAUGGAUCCAGACUAUGCCAUGGAGCUUCUGCCAUGUAGCUUUGCUGGCAUAGCAACACUGAGGUACACUGAGGUAGCUAAGCUGGCAUCGGGGGUGCGGAAGAGGGCUUUACCUGGCCUGACUCCUGCAGUGCGGGGAGCCGGCGUAACACGUCCGGCAGAAAAAAAAACCCGUCAGAAAAACACCACAAGGCCAGCACAAGUAUGGCAGCAGCGGGGCCGUGUCAGGCAAGGACAGCCAGGAACACAGGUGAGGAUCAAUGGCUACACGCACACAUACACACACAGAGCCAGGCCCAUUCCCUCCAGCGCGGGUGGGCAGGGGCAUGAUCUCCCCUACUCCCUCCCCAAAAGCCAUUCUUUGCCAGGCCAGGAGAGGCUCCGUCCCCCUACAGACCGGGCUGAGGGCCCCAUGGCUCUAACCCCCUCUUCUUCUCCAGUGAACCCCAUGUUUCAGGACCCCGAGGCAGCGCUGCAGUGGGACAGGCAGCGCCGGGAGUCGUCAGCCAGCACAGGCAGCGCUGUCAGGGUGGUUGGGGCAGACGAGCACAUGGAGACCCUCUUCCAGAGCAACCAGAAGAAGAAAUGUCUGGAUGUGUACUGGCUCUUCGAUGAUGGGGGGCUGACCCUGCUCAUCCCGUAUCUGCUGACGCGCCGGAAGCGUUGGAGCCGCUGUAAAGUCCGGGUCUUCAUUAGCGGCCAGCUGGCCAAUGCUGAAGAGCAGCGGGAAGAGAUCCAGCUCCUCCUUGCCAAGUUUCGCUUGGGUUUCAAUGAGGUGGUCGUGCUGCCUGACAUUGCCUGGAAGCCAGAAGAGAGCAGCCAGAAGGAGUUUGAGGACCUGCUAGCACCGUACCGGCUGAACGAGGGUCAGCGGGACCCUGAGGCGGUGGAAGCCCUCAAGAAGGAGGCACCCUGGAAAGUGUCGGAUGAAGAUCUCCAGAUCUACAAGAAGAAGUCUGAGCAGCAGAUCCGGCUGCAUGAAAUCCUGCAGGAGAACUCCCGAAAUUCUGCCCUCAUUGUCAUGAGCCUGCCUGUGGUACGGAAGGGAGCCUGUCCCAGCGCACUCUACAUGGCUUGGCUGGAGAUCCUCUCCCGGGACCUGCGUCCACCCAUCGCCUUCAUCCGAGGCAACCAGCAGGAUGCCCUCACGUUCUACUGCCAGUAGCGGCAGUCUGGCAGGAGGGAGAAGGGACUGACUGGAAAAAUGGGGUGCAGCCAAGAGGGAGCGGCGGGGAGCCAGGACAUAGGAGUUGUGUGCCAGUGCUGGGAGCAAAGUCUUGUUGGAUUACAGCAGAGUCUGGACUGCAAGCUCAGACUCCUGGGUUUUAUCAUGCAACUUUGGGUCCAUUGGGUUAGACUGGGGCCGGUGAAGGUGCUGGGAGUCGGGCCCCCUGAGUUUUGUCCCCAGCUCUGGAGGAAAGUGGAGGCCAGGGGUCCUAGUGACUGAAGCAGGGUGGGAGGACUUCAGAACCAGGACUCCUGGGUUCUGUUCCAGCUCUGGAAGCGGGGUGUAGUUUAGCGAGUUGGGCAAGGGGGAUCAGCCAGGAGUCUAUCCUCAGCACCUGGCCCUAGCACUGAAGUAACUACGAUUCUCUGCACUGACCAAAUAUCUACAAUAUGACAACACCCAUUAGGCAGGAUUCAGGCCCGCAAGCCAGUCUCCUCCUUAGGGCCAGGCCUCUCUAAGACAGUGCAAGCAGGAAGCUGUUGUACCCCAGCCUGUUUAGCCUUCUCUCCGACUCAGCCUGAUGGUGGACGGGUAUGAACCCUUAGUCUACUUCUCUCCCUCUCUCUCUCUGUCUACCCAAGUGGGACCUGCUGUAAAUAUUAAAUAUUCUUAUUUAAAAGCACAGAAGCCUUGUGUUUGAGGGCUGACUCAAUGCGACCCAGGGAUUGAGUCUUGUUGCACUAAACAGAGCUGAGAAGUCAGGCUGAGACUGGCAGCAA